AUGACACCACGCAUCCUCCUCCUCGGCGGCCACGGCAAAAUCUCCUUGCUCAUGACCCCUAAACUCCUCGCGCGCUCCUGGAACCUCACAUCCGUGAUCCGCGACCCAGCCCAAAAAGCUGCUAUCCAGGAAGCAGGGAAAGCAGGUCCUGGGAAAUUAGACGUGCUGGUUGAGAGUCUGGAUGAGGUGAAGAGUGAGAGCGACGCAAAGCGUAUAUUAGAUUUGGUGAAGCCGGAUUGGGUGAUUUGGAGCGCUGGAGCUGGUGGCAAAGGUGGCGCCAGCCGAACAAACGCCAUAGACAAAGAAGCCUGCAUCCACUUUAUCCGCAGCGCGCUCUCCACGCCCACCAUCAGCAAGUUCCUGCUCGUAACGGCGCUGUCGGAGCGGCGCCAGCGCGCGCCCUGGUGGGACGACGAGUCCUGGGCGCUGGUGCAGAAGAUGAACACCGAGAUCCUGCCCGCGUACUAUGCAGCGAAGCUGGCUUCGGACGAUGUGCUGACGGUGCUGGGGCGCGCGAAGCAGGGCUUUGGGUAUAUUUUGCUGCGCCCGGGCAGCUUGAGCGAUGAGCAGGAGACGGGGAAGGUGGAGUUGGGGAAAACGCGGGCGAAGGGCACGGUUGCGAGGGCGGAUGUGGCGGAGGUUGCGGUUAGGUUGUUGGAGAGGGGAGGGGGUGAGGGGUGGUUUGAUAGUUUGGGAGGGGAGGAGGAGGUCGGGAAGGCGGUGGAGAGGGUGGUGAGGGAGGGGGUGGAUUGUAUGGAGGGGGAGGAUGUUGAGGUUAUGAAGGCGGGUAUGUAG